CGGCAAGGAGCACAUUCCCAGGUCCAUCAGCUGCCUGCCUGCUGCAGAGAUGGUGCAAGCAACUCCCUUGCUCCUCGUGCUCUUCCUGGCCCUGGGGGCUCACAGCCUCCAGGCUACACAGCAGUGCUCCCUGACCGGCCGCUGGGUCAAUGACCUGGGCUCCAAAAUGAACCUCUCGCCGGUGGACAAAAAUGGUGGCUUCACUGGCACCUACCGCACGGCUGUGACAGCCACCUCCAACAAGAUCAAGGAAUCCCCACUGCAGGGAUCCAUGCAGAGGAACCCUAACCAGAAGGGCCAGCCCACCUUUGGCUUCACCGUCAACUGGAGCUUUUCAGACUCCAUCACGGUUUUCACGGGCCAGUGCUUUGUGGAUGAUAAUGGAGAGGAGGUUUUGAAAACCAUGUGGCUGCUGAGGUCACAUGAGGACAGCAUCAAAAAUGACUGGAAAGCCACCAGGGUGGGCUUCAACGUCUUCACUCGCCCGAAGCCACUAGAGUGAGGGGGCAGCAGCAGCGCCAGGGCUGUGCCCCUGCUCCUGCAGCACCACCUGCUUCUCCCAAUAAAGCUUUGCUGUAAAACA